AUGUCCACCACUUCCUCUCAACCUCCAUCCGCUUCAUCCCCCAUUUCUCUCGAAAGACGUCAAGUUCUUCAUAAACUCCUCAAAGACCAACACUUGGAAACUCUGAGCGAAGAAAUACAACGAGAUAAAAAUUCAAACACUUCCAACAUUCCCUUCAACGUCGAUUCGUGGUAUGCGCUGGACAAUGAAAAUGGUAAAACCUUGUUGAUGACCGCUGUUCAAGAAGGAAAUAUUCAAAUGAUUCGAAUGUUGCAUAAACAAUUUGGUGCGGAUUUGAAUUAUGUGGACAAGUGUCAACAAUCGAGUGUGUUUUAUUGUGUCGAGUUGAAACAUUAUCAUAAAUCCGAGACGAUUUUGGAAUAUUUAAUUGCCAACCAAGCAAAAUGCAACGUACUCAACCAUGAAGGAUACUCACCAUUCUAUGUAGCUCUCCGAAACAACAACCUUCCUGCUGCUAAUUUACUUUACACAGAAGCAAAUGCCAAUGUCAAUGAAGCCAUCGAUCAAGAAGGUAACACAGCACUUCACGAAGCUGUCAAGAGUGGAAAUAUUGCCACUGUGAACUUUUUAGUGACACAAUGCGGAGCUGAUUUAAUCAAACCAAAUCACAAGGGAGAAGUUCCAUUCUUUAUUGCCUUACAAUUUCCAAGAAUGAUUAAUCAAAUCUUAAAAUCCAUGAAUGGAUUGAACACUAAGGAUCCUAAAAAGAUGGUCCUCGUUGGAACGAGUGGAAUCAAUCGAAGGGCUAGUUUUGAUGUUGUGGAAUACAUGAAUCAUGUAGUAAGAUAUUGCAAUGAGGUCAAACAAAAUGCUCUUCACAAAUGUGCUUCAUUGGGAUAUAUUCAUUCAUUGGGUGAAUUGUUGACACAUUUAUCAGAACAAAGUGUGAGUGAAAUGAGCUCUGAACAAGAUGUGAAUGGUAAUACUCCAUUGCACUUGAGUGUGAUCAAUAACCAUCCUGAAAUAUGCUUCUCACUCAAUCAGUUAAAACCAACAGAUGCCAUCAUUCAGAACAAUGAUGGUGACACUCCCAUGCAUAUUGCUUUAAAGAGCUCUGCCUACAAGUGUGCUCGUGUCUUGUACAACAACUCGAAAACAUUCUUGAAGGAAAACAAUGCUGGAGAGACGAUUCAGCUUUUAUUGCAACAAUUUAAACAUGAACUGAAACAAGAAGAUGACAUUUCCAAGAUGUUGCUUCAAAUCGAUUUGACACAACCACAAAAUUACAGAUUUCACAAAUUGAUUACAGAUCAUACCUUCCUCUCAAAGAUGAAAGAUUAUCUCAGUGUCAAUAGCAAUCAAGACAUGAUUAUAUUUUACGAGACUGUUCAAGAAUUCAAAAUGAUCAAUUCCAAUUCCGAACGUUUUCAAAUGGCUGAACAAAUUGUGGAUCACUUUCUCAAUGACGACUCGGCACAUAAAUUGAAAUUUGGAAAAUUAGCAUUUGGACCUUUCCGUGUGAAAUUCAAGGAAUGCUCUGCCGAACACUGCCCUAAAGAUAUUUUCCUUAAUUUGGAGACUUUGGCAUUGACCAAUUUAAAAACAGAGGUCUUUCCAAAAUUUAUUCAUUCCAAACUCUUUAUCAAGUAUAUUGAGAGAAAGAAGCAAACGGAUCCAACUUUUUUAGUUCGUUUUGUUCAAUCAGAGUUAACAAGUGACAAGUCGAGUGAUGACAUUGCUUCGCAAGACCAAGUUUCCAACUCGAGACCACAUGCCCUCUCUAAUAACAAUACUGGUUCCUCUUCCAAUGAUCACAACACUCAAGACAGUGAUGAAGUGAUCGACGCUGAAGAUUACGACGUUAAGGAAAAUAUCAGAUUUUGUCCUAAAUGUGGAACUGAAUUACUUGAUCUCGACAAUUAUGUGUUCACAGAUAAGGAAUUCCAAAAAGCCAUUGAAAAUUUGCAAGAUAUGAAUCAAUGGAGAUUAUUACAUGAAGCUGGAUCUGGAAGAACGUAUGCAAGCCCAGAACUUGUUCACAACCAUUUAAGUAAUACGCGUCGUCACACUCAAGUGAAAUAUGUUGGAGAAAUGGAUUGUAGUAGUCAUUCCAUGUUUAACAUGUGGGUCGAUCCAGAUUACAUUCAAAGCAGAGAAGUUCACUUGGAUUCGUGUAAACAGUUGGAUUUUAUUCGAAAUGGAAAAUACGCAGCCGUCAUUCAAUUAGAACUUCUCAAAAUGAAAUUUCCACAUCAAAACAGAGAAUUCAUUCAUGCCUUUUGUUGUCGAUUUGAUGACGACGAACAGAGAUAUAUGUGUAUCAGUCGAUCGGUGAAUCAUCCAAAAGCUCCCAUGACGAACAAGUACGUUCGAGGUGAAGUGAAAACUGCAUUUUUGGUUGAGAGAAUUUCCGAUGUGAAAUGUCGAUAUUAUUAUGCUGUGACUGCAGAUUUUGGAGGAUGGUUGGCUGCAGAUUAUUAUUACAAGAUGGUUCGAAAAGAUACUCAAUAUGUUCAUCAGAAUUUGGAAAAGUUAGUGAAACAGAGAGAACAAUUGGGAAAGAAGAGACCUGAGAAGGGAGGAUUGAUACAAUCUCUUGAUUAUUACUUGUCCAAGAAGGAUUAA